ACUACUGUGGUGUAGUGCAGUGACCAUUCAGAAUUAACUUUUCUUUUUCUAACAUGAGUCGACAUUUUAGGGGUCCGUGCAGACAGACGCAGAUACAUGCGUCCAUACGUCAGGGUUUUCAAAAUAAAAGCAACACAGCUGUAUUGCAUGCGCAGCAUAAAUACUUAAGUACUUAAAUAAAUACAUGAAUAAGUACUGACAUACCUCGGGCCGAACAGGGAUGCCAAAAAGGCCGUAUGUGGCCCGUGGGCCGUAAGAUGCCCUGGUCUGUUUUAAGGUGAAGACAUGUUUUAAAGUUAGGCUGAGUUCAGGGUUAGGAUUAGACCAGUUGUCGUUAUAGUUAAGGAUAGAAGAGUUUUCAGUCCACUAGAUGGUGCUAGAAGUGCUCACACUCACCAGAGCUGUUGUGUUGUACAGAAAACUAGAGCGGAGCCCAAACUCUCAACUCGAGUUGGUUGCGGGUUCGUCGCAGUUCACUGGCCGGGCAAACUGGUUGCCAGGACGACAUACAUGUUGACGUAGAGCCCUCCUUAGUCACCGUGAGGCGCCACUCGGCCGUUUCAUCAAUGCCUCAAUGGAAACCGUUGGUCAGUCGGUACCUGCGAUGGUCCAGUGCCGUCACACAAGCCCUCACCGUUUCUGCGGUCACAUUCUGCAUCGUCCUCCCUCUGUGCUGCCACCAGUUACUUUACUCCUACUUCUUCAUCAAGUCUAUGUACCUGGACUCCAUGAGCGAGGAGGUCCUGCAGGCGAGUCUCACCCAAGGUCAGGAGGCGCUACACUUCUGGCAGAGCGCGACCACAGUAGCGACAGCGUCCUCCAGAACCACUGAGCGUCCUGAGCUGCUGGUCACUGUGGUGACAGUCCAGCGGAAGGAGGGACGGGACUUCCACUACCUGCUCCAGGUGAUGCGGCAGCUGAGGGACAUUGUGGAGGGUUGUGGGAAGCAGCGGUGCGCAGAGUUGCUGGUCUGCGACGUGGAACGCGGCCUCCAGGAAAACCAGGAUGCCAAGCUGCUGGAGGCCCACUUCAGGGUGAUCCGGCGCUCACCGCAGGAGCAGGAGCAGCAGAGCAACCAGCAAUGGCUCAACACCUUUGAGAAAGAGAAGAGGGAUUAUGUCUUCUGUCUGCGCAAGGGAUGGGAGCUGGUGAAGCCAAGGAACGUGGUCGUGUUGGAGGACGAUGCUUUGCCAAGACAAGAUUUCUUUCCAGUCGUGAAGGACCUUUUGUCGCGUCGCUUUGCCCGUCAGAGUCUUUACGUCAAACUCUAUCACCCCGAACGGCUGCAGCGCUACUGGAAUCCAGAGCCUUACCGCAUCCUUGAGUGGGUGGGGCUUGGGCUGGUCGGAGCAACAGCCCUCCUCCUUACCUUCCCUUACUGGAACCCCCUCUCUUUCUCCUUCACGCUGUCACUCGGCCACCUCCUCUUCUUCACGCUUUACUUCAUGGCAGCCGCGGAGCUGCUGGGUCGGCACUACCUCCUGGAGGUGCGUAGACUUUCCCCGCAGCUCUAUGCCGUCUCCCCGGCCACCGAGUGCUGCACCCCGGCCAUGCUCUACCCCGGCAACGCCUCGCUCAGGGUCGCCCAGUAUCUGGACGGCUCAUUCUGCGUCAAAGGCAACGCCAAAGACAUGGUUCUGUAUCACAUGGCGAGGACGAUCCCCUGGGAAAGGUGUCACAGCGUGGAACCCAACCUCAUCACCCACAUCGGGGCCUUUUCCUCAGUCCGGUCCAAUCCACCGAGACCCAAACUCCUCUGACAGAAACAAGAAAAGCCAGAUCAGAUUGUUCUCUGCUGUGUCACCAUCUGCACUCUUUUUCAGUGAGUACUGGUUUGAUGAUUCACAUUAGAUUUGGCUUCUAGGAUAAAAAGGAUACUUGGAAGUUUUUGAAGUGCGUGUGUAUGAGGUUCAUAGUCAGUGCUGACUGUGCUGUGAGCGCCCCCUGCAGAGAGAAUCAGACUGAUACACAAAUUCUUGGCAAGUGUUUCGUUUUUGUGACUAAUGGGGCAGGAAUAAAGGGUUUAAAAACACAUUAGUAAAUUUGUAAACCGCUCACUCUCCCACA